CGCCGCCCGCCACAGCCGCCCGGAGCCGCCGCCGCCGCCCGCCCCGGGGUCCCCCACGCACCAGGAGCCGAGAGCGCGAGCGAGCGGGACCCCACCCCGUGCCGGAGCCGCGCCGCCGCCGCCAUGGAGCUCAUCACGAUCCUGGAGAAGACGGUCUCGCCGGACCGCUCCGAGCUGGAGGCGGCGCAGAAGUUCCUGGAGCAGGCGGCGAUCGAGAACCUGCCCACUUUCCUUGUGGAACUGUCCAGAGUGCUGGCAAAUCCAGGGAACAGCCAGGUUGCCAGAGUGGCAGCUGGUUUACAGAUCAAGAACUCUUUGACGUCUAAGGACCCAGAUAUCAAGGCCCAGUACCAACAGAGAUGGCUUGCAAUCGAUGCCAAUGCCCGCAGGGAAGUCAAGAACUAUGUUUUGCAGACAUUGGGUACGGAAACAUACAGGCCCAGUUCAGCCUCACAGUGUGUGGCUGGCAUUGCCUGUGCCGAGAUUCCCAUGAACCAGUGGCCUGAACUCAUUCCUCAGCUGGUCGCUAAUGUUACAAAUCAACACAGCACUGAGCACAUGAAAGAGUCAACGUUGGAGGCAAUUGGUUACAUCUGUCAGGAUAUUGAUCCAGAGCAGCUUCAGGACAAAUCCAAUGAAAUUCUCACCGCCAUUAUCCAAGGGAUGCGGAAGGAGGAACCCAGUAACAAUGUGAAGCUAGCCGCGACUAAUGCACUCUUGAACUCUUUGGAAUUCACCAAAGCAAACUUUGACAAAGAGUCUGAAAGGCACUUUAUUAUGCAAGUAGUCUGUGAAGCAACGCAAUGUCCAGAUACAAGGGUACGAGUGGCUGCCUUACAGAAUUUGGUGAAGAUAAUGUCCCUUUAUUAUCAGUAUAUGGAAACAUAUAUGGGUCCUGCUCUUUUUGCCAUCACAAUUGAAGCAAUGAAAAGUGACAUUGACGAGGUGGCUCUGCAGGGAAUAGAAUUCUGGUCAAACGUCUGUGAUGAGGAAAUGGAUCUGGCUAUUGAAGCAUCUGAGGCAGCAGAGCAAGGAAGGCCUCCAGAGCACACUAGCAAAUUUUAUGCUAAGGGAGCACUACAGUAUCUGGUCCCAAUUCUCACACAGACACUAACUAAACAGGAUGAAAACGAUGACGAUGACGACUGGAAUCCCUGUAAAGCAGCUGGCGUUUGCCUCAUGCUUCUGGCAACCUGCUGUGAAGAUGACAUUGUUCCUCAUGUGCUGCCCUUCAUUAAAGAACACAUUAAAAACCCAGAUUGGCGAUACAGAGAUGCAGCUGUCAUGGCUUUUGGGUGCAUUUUGGAAGGGCCAGAGCCCAACCAGCUCAAACCACUAGUUAUUCAGGCCAUGCCCACUCUAAUAGAACUAAUGAAAGAUCCUAGUGUGGUGGUUCGAGAUACGACUGCAUGGACGGUGGGCAGGAUCUGUGAGCUGCUCCCUGAAGCCGCCAUCAAUGACAUUUACCUCGCUCCGCUGUUGCAGUGUCUCAUUGAGGGCCUGAGUGCAGAGCCCAGAGUGGCUUCCAAUGUGUGCUGGGCCUUCUCUAGUCUGGCUGAAGCUGCCUAUGAAGCUGCAGAUGUAGCAGAUGAUCAAGAAGAGCCAGCAACCUACUGUUUAUCCUCCUCGUUUGAGCUAAUAGUUCAGAAACUCCUGGAGACCACAGACAGGCCGGAUGGACACCAGAAUAACCUGCGGAGUGCUGCAUAUGAAGCUCUGAUGGAAAUAGUGAAAAACAGUGCCAAGGACUGUUACCCUGCUGUCCAGAAGACGACUUUGGUCAUUAUGGAGCGGCUGCAGCAAGUGCUGCAGAUGGAGUCCCAUAUCCAGAGCACAUCAGACAGGAUCCAGUUCAAUGAUCUUCAGUCUCUACUAUGUGCUACUCUACAGAAUGUUCUCCGGAAAGUGCAACACCAGGAUGCUUUGCAGAUCUCGGAUGUGGUUAUGGCAUCUCUGUUGAGAAUGUUCCAGAGCACGGCUGGAUCAGGGGGAGUGCAAGAGGAUGCCCUCAUGGCAGUCAGCACCCUGGUGGAAGUCUUGGGUGGAGAGUUUCUGAAGUAUAUGGACGCCUUCAAACCCUUCCUGGGCAUUGGACUGAAGAACUAUGCAGAGUACCAGGUUUGUCUGGCUGCAGUAGGCCUAGUUGGAGACUUAUGUAGAGCCUUGCAGUCCAACAUCUUGCCUUUCUGCGACGAGGUUAUGCAGCUGCUCUUGGAGAACUUGGGGAAUGAGAAUGUCCAUAGGUCUGUGAAGCCUCAGAUUCUCUCUGUGUUUGGUGAUAUUGCCCUGGCCAUCGGAGGAGAGUUUAAAAAAUAUCUAGAGGUUGUAUUGAAUACUCUCCAGCAGGCCUCGCAAGCCCAGGUCGAUAAGUCGGACUAUGACAUGGUGGACUACCUGAAUGAGCUGAGGGAGGGCUGUCUGGAAGCUUACACUGGCAUCAUUCAGGGACUGAAGGGAGACCAAGAAAAUGUGCAUCCGGAUGUGAUGCUGGUGCAGCCCAGAGUAGAAUUUAUUCUGUCUUUCAUUGACCACAUUGCUGGAGAUGAGGAUCACACAGAUGGAGUAGUAGCUUGUGCUGCUGGGCUGAUAGGGGAUUUGUGUACAGCAUUUGGAAAGGAUGUACUGAAAUUAGUAGAAGCUAGACCCAUGAUACAUGAACUUCUCACUGAAGGAAGAAGAUCCAAGACAAACAAAACAAAAACCCUUGCUACCUGGGCAACUAAAGAACUGAGAAAACUGAAGAAUCAAGCUUGAUCUGUUACCAUUGGGAUGACACCCGAGACCCCCACUGGAAAUCUCCACUCUUUUGAAAAAACCCGGAAGUGAGGAGUGUGCACGGAUGCUGAAUGUUUGGGAAUGAGAGGAUGAGUGAGUGAGGCUUGAAACACACCACAUUGAAAAUCCCGCCACAGCAACAACAGCAGCGGCGCUGUUCGUGAGCUGAGCACUGACUUGCGUAGAAAACCUGACAUCGGCCGUCUUGAGGAAGAGGGAACGACUGAUUUCUAUCAAAAAUAAGCAGUCUCUUCUUCCGACAGAGACUAGAACUAGCUUUUCUGUCUUUUGGCCAGUGCGAAGCGGAAUGACUAGUUUGGGAGAGAGGAAACUAGGUUCACCUGUGGUGCUCUUUGUUUGAGGUCUGGCUUUUGCUGCUGAAGAGAGAUGGAGUCUGGGUCUCUGGCCCGCCUUCUGUAACCUUUGCCACACAAUGCUGUCAGUGCAUGGGAUAAAAGGAGGGGUGAAGGAUUUUCAGUCUAAGAGUGAGUGUGUGUGAAUGAGGCGGUAUCCACAUUCUCAACUUCAAGUCAUUGCAGUUUAUCUUUUCCCAAAAAAGGGUUAGCAGUUGCAUUUCAUAAACUAACCGAAGUUCAGUCUACUGAUGCAGCAUAAGAGAUGUAAAAAGAAAAGAGAAAAAAAGGAAAGUCGCUCUUUAGGGCUUCUUAUUUUAGGGAAACACUGACGAAUGUUCAGAGCUCCCGUUCUGAGUGACGCUUUUCAUGAUCUUGUUUCAUCAAAGCGCCUUUCCUUCCUUAAUAUUGUUCAACUGUGAAUGUAGAAAUGGGGGAGGGGGGGAAAAACUCUUGCGUUAGAGGGAUUAGAAACAAACUGUCAAACAAGAUUUCAGACUUAAACAAACAAAAAAAAACCAUAAAUGUAAGUGCUCAGAAUUGGCAAUGAGAAUGCAAAGGGAAAGAUCUCUCCUGACUUGUACUGUAGCAGCCCGAACACCCACUAAAUUGUGCCAAAGAGUUUAAAAACAAUAAAGUAAAACUUCAGGUAAUAUUUUGGAUUGCAAAAUGAGGAUAAAUUCAAUGUUCAAACAAAAUCUGAUAAAAUGCCAUUUGGAAACUGCUUGGCCUUUUGUGCUCUUUUAUUUGAUCGAAUUUAAUGUGGUAUUGGUCUCUUGCUGCACUUCAAAACAAAAAAGGAAAAAAAGAGAAAUUUAUAUAAAUAUAUAUAUACUGGCUUGAGCUUACACAAGACGGCACUUGUAAAAGGUUCUAUUUUUCCACUGCAGUUGAAGAUUAAUAAAAUGGUGUCAAACAUUCCCCAGUACUUUCUUUUUGUAUUCUUGGUCUUUCCAAUUAAAAGGGGAACCCAUUAACUUUUUUUAACAGUGUACUAAAAGUCUGAUGGGCAACCUUGGGACAGAUUGGCUGUUUGCCUCUCCCCUUAGCAUACAGCUUUUUUCUCUAAAAUGAAGGAUGUGAAGGAUCAAAAUCUCUUGUCUCUUUUUAAAUCAAUUUUUUUGUUCUUUGAGGCAUAGUCCCUCAAUUAUUCUGGAUUUUAUCAGCAAUAAGACAUGAAAAAUAGAGAAGGUGUGGGGUUUGAAACAGUUUUUAAUUUCAUCUUUAUUAUGCAGUUAUUGAUAUUACCAGCAUUUCUGAAUUUGCAGCUUAACUUGGGCAUUUUUAAAGCUGUUUGCCUGUGGGAGGGAGAAGGGAAAACCAUCUAGUAUUUUGCAAGAAGCAGGUAAAAAUCUGUUUUAUCCCCUUCCUUCUCUCCCCAACUGAUCCAUGAUAAUGGAAUCCACUUCUGUUGCCCAUCCGCACUGCAGCAUCCACAAUAGCUCUUGUACAGGGUAUCGGAUAUGUGCCUUUCAGUGCCGGGUUCAGAAUGCAGUCAAAGUGCCGACCUUUGAACCAGUGUACAAAAAAAAUCCCAGGUGUUUAGAGGCGAGGACAGCUCUGUUUGUGAAUUGGGAGAGUUGACCACCUCAAAAACAUUGGUUAGGGAGAGGCCUGGGUCACAUUUCUAUUAAUGCCUUUUCUUUUUGUUUCGUUUCUUGACGUGGGUUGGGGUUUCCUAAAAAAGCCAUUCCUGAAGUUGGGGGGGGGGGGGCGUGGAGGGGGGAAAUCUGAUCAUUCCUCAGUGCUACCUGUUUCUGUCCUGUGUGGCUGUUCAGCUGUAGACAGCAGGAGAAUAAAGUACACUGAGACAGUAGUAGAAACAAAUCUUGUGUCUGUCAUGUUUUUGUUCCAGGGAAAGCAGUUCUUGAAACUGUUCAAGCUAAUCCUUAACAACUUUCACACAAGCAACACCAUCCCACAGUGUGGUAGUGAGGAAAAACUGGUCUGUCACCUCCAGUGUUGGUGCUAGGCCUGCAACUGUUAUCCUUUAAUCCUGUAACCACUGUGGUUUGGAGAGAGGGACAAUAUAAAUAUAUUUUAAAAAAAAAAAAUCUUAAAAGCCAGUUUCACUGCCUGGCAGACUUAAUUAAUGGGAUAAAUCCUUGAUUUUUAAAUGUGCGAUUUCAGCACCCGGAUCAAAAUGUGCUUGUUUCAGCAAAGCAUUUUGGUAGCAUUUUGUUAACUCCCAGCCUGGGCUUUGCACCAGCUUUGGCUGCCACAUGAGGUGAAGGUUCAUGUGUGAUUGGGGAAGGGAUACAGAGGAGAGGAAAUAUUGCUGUGCUGGAAGUGGCGUAAGAAGCUUUUGGUCUCAAGAAGCAGUUCAGUUCAUAUUGUGCUGUAGCAUUUCUGUAUGUUUCUUACGCUUUUCUUUUCCUGGUCAAAUGUCUCGCCAAAGGCAGCUAAGGGCACUGCCCUUGCAGUUGAAUGGAGGGGGAAAAAGUUAAUGUAAACUUUCAAAGUGCCCACUUAAUGCAGUCCUAGUAUUUUACCUUUCAGAACCAAGCAACUUUAACUGUCUCAAUUCUGUCCAAUUAUUGUCAGCCAGACCGAAGGAGGUUGGUGCUUAUUUGGCUUCGGAGAAUACUUUUUUAUAUAUCUUUAAUCUGUAUUGACACUUACAUACUGUUACUGUGUCACCUAUGAAUUGGCAGUUGUGACCUGUUGACAAUGAUGGAUUGGAAAGGGUCCCUCUUACUAACAAAUUGGUACCACUGAUUUUAUUUACCUUCUAAAUAAAAGCUGCUUUAUUUUGGUUUUCA